UAAAAAAAAUGUGGAAGCACCUCCUUCGUCGUGGUGUGCAACAACCAUUAAAGACAACUGCUGAAGCUGCCAAAAGUAGUGGAUAUGGUAGAAAAUUUCUAAUUGGUUCAGUGGUAGUUGGUUCAGCUCUUACAGUUGGAGCUGUUGCUAAGGCUUACGAAAAGGAAACCGAAGAAGAACUUGGAGUCAUCCGUAGAAAGAGUAGAUGGUUGAAUUUGUUAUUUGGACCAAAAUCAGAAGAAGCACAACCUCCUGCAGUUCCUGAACAUGCCUUUGAUACACCAACACUCAUCAACAGCGACAAAUAUGGUCAAUUAUUAUAUGAUAGAUUUACUCACUCUCUUUUCCAUCGUAUUUACUAUUUAAUUCAUAUUGGACAACGUUUGAAUGAAAUUAUUACCAUCUUUUCACCACUCGUUUUCUAUUCAAUGUGGCAUUAUCUCAUCCUAAAGCCUUUCUAUAGAUUUUUAUACACUAGGAUUAAAUUUGAAAAUGGAGCAGAAAUGUUGGACAAGGCUGAAAAGGAUCUUGAUGAAGCAUUCUUUAUGCGUGUUGUUCAAAGUUUGAAGGACGGAGGUACUUGUUUCAUCAAAUUCUCACAAUGGCUUUCAACAAGAGCUGAUUUACUCGAUCCUCACAUUUGUAAACACUUUGCUGCUCUCCACUCUAAUGCUCCAAAACAUCAUGUUAAAAACGUUAAACAACUUGUUAAUGAUCAAUAUCGUAAGAGAGAAGGAAAAGAUGAAGAUAUCAUUACUUGGAUUGAUAGUAACCAUCCUUUGGCAAGUGGUGCUAUUGGUCAAGUUUACAGAGGCAAAAUGAAGAGAUUUAAUGAUCACACAAAGAAGGAAGAAAUCAAGGAUGUUGCCAUCAAGGUUAGACAUCCUUAUGUUGAAACACAAAUUCUUCAAGAUUUAAAGAUUUUGGAAUUGUUCUGUGUUUUGACUAGUAGAUUCCUUCCAUCAUUGGGUUGGUUGCAACUUCAAGAAAAUGUUAAAGAAUUUACAAAGUGUAUGAAACUUCAAACCAACUUCCGAUUUGAAGGUGAAAAUCUUAAGGCCUUCCAAAAGAACUUCCAAGACUUUAAGUCUACUAUCAUUUUCCCAACUCCAUAUUUCUAUACUCCAAGCAUUCUUAUUGAAAGUUUUGAACCUGGUAUUUCUAUUCAACAUUAUUUGGAUCAAGCUCGUAUUGAUCGUGAAAUUUCAAUCCCAAAUCCUGUUCCAAAACCAGAACAAAUUUUAGAUGAACUUGUUCAUGAAAAGGGCAACAAACCUGUUAGUAGAGAAGUUGAAGGAGAAAUUGAUGAAAAGGAACAACAAAGACUUCAACAAACCAACCAAAGACAUCGUGUUGCCGAACUUGGUACCGACCUUUUCUUAAAGAUGAUGUUGCAUGACAACUUGCUCCAUGCUGAUUUGCACCCUGGUAAUUUGAUGGUUAGAAUUAACAAGGAAACCAAUGAGCCAAUGUUGGUUGUUUUGGAUGCUGGUAUGGUUACUCAAUUGUCAUCAGAAGAUCGUCAAAACUUUAUUGAUCUCUUCUCUGCUAUUAUCAGAGGUGAAGGUUAUUAUGCUGCUCAAUUGAUGAUUGAACGUUCUAGAAAGCUUCGUGAAAAUACUGGUUAUUCUUUGACACCAGAAAAUGCUGAAAAAUUCAAGAAGGAAAUGGCUGAACUUAUUACAUUCGUUUUGGAUAAGCCAAUUGAAGAAAUUCAAGUUGGUAAGGUUAUGGAAACUGUGUUGACUCUUGGUAGACAAUAUCGUGUUCCUAUUGAAUCUACUUUCUCUACACUUGUCAUCAGUACUGUCGUUGUCGAAGGUAUUGCUAGACAACUUAAUCCUCGUUUCCAAUUUGCUGUCAGUGCUAGACCUUUCUUAGCUAGAGAUAAGACUCUCAGAAUGGCUUAUAUUCAAAGCCGUUUGGGUAAGAUUAAGGAAGCUGCUGAAAAGAUUAUCAAAUAAGUGAUGCAAUGUAUUUUAAAUGUGUUUCCAGAACAGUCAGAAUGGAAAAAGAAGAUUGUAAAUACUCAAGAGUUGUGGAUUCAUUUGCUUCACCCAUUUCUGUAGCACAAGUCUCCAAUAAUUUUGUGUAUUUGGCGACUUAAAUAAAUCCACAAAAAAAUUAUUUAAA